AUGGAUAAUGAUCAGGAAAACGCUAACUCUGAAGAGUAUCCUAGUUUCUUGAGAUCUUUAGAUGAUGAGAGUUUUAUCACACAUAUCCAAGAUUUAAACAAGCAGCAUCUGCAAAAGAAUCGGCAAGACUAUCCCUUUGAACAUGUCUCUACACCCAAAAAGAUGGCGUCUUUCAACAGUGCCAUCAGUUCAGACCCUUUUGACGAUGGAUUAGAUGAAGAAAUAAUCAAUCAUGUUAACAAAAUUGACGACAAGAAAGCUUUAUCCGGUGACGAAGAUGACAACAACAAAGAAACAGUGGGUAAAUUGCAUGAAUUUGGUGAUUAUGCCACUUAUUUCCAUUCUAAAAGAUUGAAACAACAAAAACAAGAUGAAGAGUAUGUGAAAUGGGAUAAGAAGAGACGCAAAUUGCAAAAUGUCGAAUACGAGCCGAAGCAGAUUUUUAAAGGGUGUUCUAUUUUUGUAAAUGGGCAUACGAAUCCCUCUAUAACAGAGAUUCAUAGAUUAGUGAUUCUACACGGUGGACAAUUUGUGAGCUACAUGGUUAAUAAGUCAAGUGUGACACAUAUAGUUUGUGAUCGAUUGACACCCCGAAAAAGUAUACAGUUCAAAAAUUGUCGCGUUGUGAAAGCUCAGUGGAUUGUGGACUCUGUUGCACAACAGACAUUACUAGAUUGGACACUUUACAGACUGAUACUGGAAGUAGCUUAUGACCAAAGAAGAUUGGAUUUUGCCAAACAACUGACUAUUGAAGAAAGCAAGGAGAUAAACGGCGAAUGUGAGAAUAAUAAAGAGGAGGACUUAGAUGGUGAGAUAAAUUCGUCCUUAUUUGGUGAGGAUAACGCAGACUUCUUAGAUAAACUGCAAGAGUUGGAAACUUUUUUUGAGAAACGUGAAGGUCUUGUACAAGAGCCAGAAGAGGACUUGCCAGUUGUAACUGAUGAGCCUCCACAAUCGGGUAAAGGUAUUCAUAAAGUGAAUAACAAGUACGUCCUAGAUGCACGGCAUCCAGACUUUCUUCCAAACUUCUUUGCAAACUCCAGAUUACACCAUCUCAGUGUAUGGAAGGCUGAUCUAAGGCUUAAGUUUCUUCGUAGAAUAGUGAAGGAAAGGUUGCACCAGCCAGCUAGUCACUUUCAAAAUCCAUUCAUAGACCCAGGUGAGAAAAAAGUAAUUAUGCACAUUGACUUUGACUGUUUUUUUGCUACUGCAUCUUGUUUGAAGCGACCAGAUCUAGACCUGAGUAAGCAUCCUAUAGCGGUUUCACAUGGUGGUAAAACUUCUGAUAUAGCUAGUUGCAAUUAUGUUGCUCGAAAAUAUGGGGUUAAAAAUGGCAUGUGGCUCAUGCAAGCGACAAAAUUGUGUCCUGACUUAAUUUUGUUACCCUAUGAGUUUGAAAGUUAUGAAAAAUUUUCUUCUGAAUUUUACAAUUACCUAUUGACAAGCAAAUUUUUUGAUUCUAUUUUCCCUGUCCUGAUUGAUGAAGUGUUAGUUGAUGCCACAUCUUAUUGUCAUAGUGGAGUCAGUGAUAGUGUGAGUUUAGUAAAUGAAUUGGCUACUCGCAUUCGCAAAGAUGUGUUUAAGUUAACAAAUUGUCCCGUGAGUGUUGGUGCUUCAACAAAUGUCCUCUUGGCCAAAUUGGCUCUUAGAAAGGCAAAACCUAAUGGCCAGUUUUACUUGUUUGAUGACAUUGAAAAGUUUUUGGAAUCUAUAUAUAUCAAAGAUUUGCCGGGUUUUGGAAGAGGGAUAUUAGAGAAAUUAAAUUCAGAAAUACAGUCUAGUAACCCUCAAAUCAAAGAUGUUGUCACUAUACUGAAACAAAGACUUGUCCAGUUAUUAGGAGAGAAAACAGGCACCAAGUUGUUUGAAUAUGCCAGAGGAAUGGAUGAAACAAGUAUCGAAAUUGAUACCAAUAACCCUGAAGCGGUGUUAGGUAGAAAAUCUGUUUCGGUAGAUGUUAAUUUUGGUAUCAGAUUUGACACUGUUGAAGAAUUGGAUGAUUUUUUGAUGAGGCUUUCUCGAGAAUUAUAUCAGAGACUUGUAUCUCUCGGUAUAUGUGGAUCUAGUUUAACUCUUAAACUUGCCAAAAGAGCUGAGGGUGCAAGUAUAAACCCACCUAAAUUUUUGGGAAUGGGGCGUUGUGAUUUUGUCAAUAAAUCUUCCAAAUUAGGUGUACCAACCAAUGAUUGGGGUAUCAUAGGCAACGAAGUGAAAGUACUUUACAGGAUGGUGAACAUUCCUGUUAAGGAGUUGCGUGGUAUUUCAAUUACUAUUUCAAAACUAGUGGACGCUGAAGGUGUCAAAUCUAAUAAACAGAUGAGAUUGCCCUUUAAAAAGGCAGAGAGCAAUGCAUUGAGUGUGAGGGAUUUAAAGCAAUUGCAAAAGAUGUCUGAUUCGAAAGAUAAUAAAUCUCAGAAAUUGAUAUUCAGCAAGCAACUGCCAGAAAAAAGACAUGUUAAUAAAGUUUUAAUUCUGCACGAAUUUGCUGAUUUCAAAAGCUUGGAUUGGGAGGUUUUCCAUGUACUACCUGAUGAAAUCAAACUGGAACUAAAAGUAGAAUUAAGACGGCGUGGCAUGCUAUCAGAGAAAUCAACUCCAACAAAAGGGAAAACUUACUUGCAGCAGUUGUUACCCACUCAAGCAGGAAAUGCCCCUAAAUAUAUAAGAGUGACUGAAUCGCCUCAAAGAAGGAAGUCUCCUAGAAAGAGUAGACUGGAAACACUGCUGCCAAUUAAAGUUACAAAACAGGAACCUGUAUAUGAAGAGUCUCAGUCAUAUGAUACCUCAGUAUUAAAUGAGUUACCGUCUUCGAUUAAGGAAUCUGUCAUAAGGGAUGUGGAGUAUAAAGAAAAGAUUAAAAAGUUUGACUUGGUUUCAAUGCGAGAUAAAUUGGCUCAAAAAUUAGAGAACAAAAAAGUGCCAGUAAACGAGGUUACGUCAGACUGGCUCAAAAGCCAAGAAAAACUUAAUAAAACACCUUUAUUCUUGAAUGAGCAAUUGAAGGAUAAUGAGUUAUCUGUAAAGUUGGAUGAUUGGGUGAAAUCGUCCCUACUUCAAGGAGGACCACACGAGGAAGACAUGGAUUAUUUUGCUUUGUUUGUACAGACAAUGUUGCAACGAGAUCAGUUUAAUAGAGUUUUGUUGUUAUUGAGAAGACUUAAGGAAAGAUUAAAGUACCAUAAAACCUUAAUAAACUGUCAAGUUUUCAAUGAAGAAGAAUAUUUGGUGUAUGAAGAAUCGUUUGAAGAUUGGUAUAAACAAUUAGAUAACAAAGUACAGCCACUAGUUGAUUGUUAUUCAAAGGAGAAAAAGAUUCAAGUGGGCUAUAUAGGAGUUGUUUAG